ACAACAUUGGGUUUAACAGUGAUACAGAACGACCACUGGCGUUCAGUUCAGCAGUCAAACAAGAAACUUCCAGAGUACGGCUCAUCCGUUUGCAGCCUCAUCACCAUGUCGGUCGACAGCGUUUUUAGGACCCGCUCCCUCGGCGUGGCGGCCGAGGGUCUCCCCGAUCAAUAUGCUGACGGCAAGGCUGCUAAAGUCUGGCAGCUGUACAUCGGAGACACGCAGAGCAGAACGCAAGAGUAUAAAACUUGGGUGGUGUCUUUGCUGAAAAAAGAGGGUGUGAAGAAUGUGCUGGACGUCGCCUGUGGAACUGGAGUUGAUUCUAUCAUGUUGUUGGAGGAUGGAUUCAAGAUGGUGAGUGUGGAUGCCAGUGAUAAAAUGCUCAAGUACGCAUUGAAAUCCAGAUGGGACAGGAGGAAAGAACCAGCCUUUGACCAGUGGGUGAUUGAGGAGUCCAACUGGCUGACUCUACCAGAAGACAUUCAAAAACCAGGGGAUGGAUUUGAUGCAGUUAUCUGCCUUGGAAACUCUUUCGCCCAUUUACCUGAUUUCAAAGGGGACCAGAGUGACCAGAAACUGGCCCUUCAGAACAUCGCUACCAUGGUGAAACCAGGAGGGAUCCUCAUUAUCGACCACCGCAACUACGACUACAUCCUGGAGACCGGCCGGGCACCACAGGGCAAAAACAUCUAUUACAAGAGUGACCUGACUCAGGACAUUUCCACCUCUGUGCUCUGGGUGGAGAACAAGCCCCAUAUGAUAACCUUGGACUACACCAUUCAGGUCCCACAGGAGACGGUUCAGAGCUCACCUGAAGUCAGUAAAUUCCGCUUAUCCUACUACCCUCACUGUCUGGAGAGCUUUAAGUCUCUACUGAUGGCCGGCUUCCAUGGGAAGAUGGAGCAUAGUGUUUACGGAGACUUCAAGACGUACACCCCUGGACAAUCCGAAGCCCCAUGUUACUUUAUUCACGUCUGCAAGAAGACAGUGUAACAACCACAACUGAGCACCGUCAGGACAGGGCUUCGAUCAACAUUUAAUGAGUGGGCCCAAUGAAUACAUAUCCUGAAAAAUGUGAUGUUGAUGGAGGUUAGAUUAAUACCUCUCUAUGCUACGAUUACAGCUUUCGGAAGUAAAGAAAGAAUCAGUCUUAAUUUGAAUCUGGAUGCGUCUGAAUGUAUGUAUAAUGUUUGAAGGGUGAAAUAAAUGUCACUUCACCCUGUU